AGACACUCCGCGUCCACCCAAAACUCGCCUUCGAGACAGUCAGGUGACCCCGCCUCUCCCGGAGGCGAGAGUUUCGAUCCAAAGUGUUGGCCACCAAACAAUAAUGGCUGUGGUCCUUUUGGCAUGUACGGAGUACUCCGUCGUGGGUGCUAACUUGGCUUUGAGGCACCUAGGGACUGCCUAAAAACACUUGGGAGUGGGCGGCGCCGGACGCCGCCAACGGUGUGCCUUGGACGCUUUGUUGACUCCAACGGACAACUGAGCUAAUGCCUAGACGGCUUAAGCUAGGCAGUGCACAGUACUUCCAACACUCAAGGCUCUACGGAGUAAGCCUAACAGCCUAGCCCUCGGCCCUUCCGGGCUUCGAGGAAAGCCAAAGACCAAACACGACUCCUCGGUCCCGCCCACCAGUCACCCAGUCGCCCAGUCUACGUCCACACGUGUCGGCAGCUCCAUCUCCAGACUAAGAAACCAUCCCGCAACCUCCUCGCGGUCAUUCACCGUUCGAGUAUUGCCUGCAGCCUUUUGAUUUCCAUCUCUUCUCUCCGUCAGAAGCAUGCAUUCCCAUUGAGGCAACUCACGUUGAUUGUCAAGGACAACUUCGGCACCUUCAGUAGUACCUGCGUCUUGGAUAACAUCAUCUGAGUUGCGGCUGCUCCGCGGCUUCCUCACAACUCUCACCUUCACGUCUACGGCAUCGACUCGAUCAGCAACAACAACAACAACAACUCUCCUCCUCUCCUUCUCCCCAUUCACCAAAACCUACCAUCAACAGCUCAUCGAGCUUCAUCAAACCAGCAACCUUCGCAGUCACAGACACGCAUCAAGAGUUAGGAUCCCCCAACAUCUUUUCAUCACGUAUCUCUCGCCCUCUGUACAUCGGUCGCCCUGCCGCACGUCCUCCAUCUCAUGAGUUGAACACUUUCACCAUAUCCAUCACUGCUCAUCGCGCAGAUCCACCCUUGAGCGGCAUUACCCUCUAUCCUCUGCUCCCGUCCCCCGAGGGACUUGCUCCUCGACAUGGGCAAUACCCUUUCUUCCUGCUGCAAAGGCCGGCCCAAGGAUAACCUCUACGAGCCUGCCCUCGCAGACAGUGAAAGAGAAGCUGUUGCCGAUCUUCUACAAUACCUCGAAAAUCGAGGCGAGACAGACUUCUUCUCCGGCGAACCACUUCGAGCCCUUAGCACCCUUGUCUAUUCGGACAAUGUCGAUCUCCAAAGGAGUGCCAGCCUUACAUUUGCUGAAAUCACAGAAAGAGAUGUUCGAGAGGUGGAUCGAGACACGCUCGAGCCCAUUUUGUUCCUGCUACAAAACCCAGACAUUGAAGUGCAAAGAGCCGCAAGUGCCGCGUUAGGGAACUUGGCCGUGAACACCGAGAACAAGGUCGCUAUAGUACAGCUCGGGGGUCUGUCACCGCUCAUCCGACAAAUGAUGUCUCCAAAUGUCGAAGUUCAAUGCAAUGCUGUUGGUUGCAUCACCAACCUCGCUACCCAUGAAGAGAACAAGGCUAAAAUUGCUCGUUCGGGAGCCUUGGGACCACUGACAAGGCUCGCAAAGUCGAAAGAUAUGCGUGUUCAAAGAAACGCCACUGGUGCUCUGCUCAACAUGACACAUUCAGAUGACAACCGUCAACAGCUUGUCAAUGCUGGUGCUAUUCCCGUCCUCGUGCAGCUUCUAUCCUCCCCCGACACAGAUGUUCAAUACUACUGCACAACUGCACUCAGCAACAUCGCAGUUGAUGCUUCCAACAGGAAGAAGCUUGCGCAAACCGAAUCACGUUUGGUGCAGUCUUUGGUAUCCCUAAUGGACUCUGGGACACCUAAAGUACAGUGUCAGGCUGCCCUUGCCCUCCGAAAUCUUGCAUCCGACGAGAAAUAUCAACUCGAAAUUGUGCGAGCCAGAGGCUUGCACCCAUUACUCCGGCUUCUUCAAUCAUCAUACCUCCCCUUGAUCCUCUCCGCCGUCGCUUGCAUUCGAAACAUAUCCAUCCACCCCCUGAACGAAUCUCCUAUCAUUGAUGCAGGCUUCUUGAAGCCUCUUGUUGAGCUCCUUGGAUCCACAGACAACGAAGAGAUCCAGUGCCACGCCAUCUCGACCUUGAGAAACCUUGCUGCCAGCUCGGACCGGAACAAGCAGCUUGUACUAGAGGCCGGUGCAGUUCAAAAGUGCAAAGAGCUAGUCUUGUCAGUCCCGUUGAGCGUUCAGUCUGAGAUGACAGCAGCUAUUGCUGUCUUGGCAUUGAGCGAUGAACUCAAAUCACACCUGUUGAAGCUCGGUGUCUUUGAAGUGCUCAUCCCGUUGACAGAUUCGGACAGUGUUGAAGUCCAAGGUAACAGCGCGGCAGCUUUGGGCAAUCUAUCAUCCAAAGUCGGCGACUACUCAAUCUUUGUUCGCGAUUGGUCUGAGCCAAAUGGCGGCAUUCACGGCUAUCUGAAGCGAUUCCUGCAAAGUGGCGAUCCGACCUUUCAACACAUUGCCAUCUGGACCUUGCUGCAACUUCUCGAAUCCGAGGACAAGAAGCUUGUGAGCCUUGUGGCAAAGGCCGAAGACAUUAUUCAAAUGGUCAAGACGAUUGCCGACAAGCAUGUCGAGUCUGACGACGAAGAAGGUGAAGAGGGCGAGGGCGAAGUGAUUGCACUUGCACGACGAUCUCUGGAACUGCUGGGCAAAGGGCCCAAACAGACAUUGGUCGAGGGAUAAGUUUAUGUAGGGGUGCUUUGCAGGAUCAGGAUUUGACAACACUUAUUCUCAUGCGAAGACUGAGCACGCACUGCCGCAUCUUUCCACAGCAUAUGAUGGAAGCCACUGGGAUGGGCCGGCGGCAUAGCGAGGCGUUCUGGAUGCGUCGAUGGCGCGCGGACUUUUGGAGUCGGGACGGAUGGACAGAGAAGGAGUGUGGGAGAAGACCAGGCAUGGCGUCACCAACGACGGAAAAUCAAACCAUUGUUGGGCCUUUGUUGUAUGACUUGUUUCGAGCCAUUAUCACCACCUUGAUGGUGGAUUUUACGGAAGCGAAUUUUGUAUUGCAGGCUCACAUCGUUUUAACGAUUGCAGUAAUUAAAUGAUACAGAUUGUGGAGGCAGCUUUUGGAUGUCAUUCCUGGUUCUCUACAUACUGACCAAUCACUGACUGCAG